AGUAGGCACAGGCUCUGUGCCUUUGCAGUAUAACCACUUGUCUACCCUGGGGGUGGGGCAGGCAGUGGGAAACCAACCAGUCACCAGCCAAACUGCGGCAGCAGUGGCUGCACAGCAGUUGCAAGUAAUGGGUUCCUCGGGAGUUUCAACCAGCAGCAGUAGUAUUACUAACACUAGUGGCGGACCUGCAGGGGCAGCAGUUCCUCAUUCAAGCAAAUCCCAGGUAAAGAAAAUCUUGUUACACGCACCACAGUUGGGAGUGCCUGCAGGAGAUUCCGGAGGUCAGCAGCGGGGGCCACCUCUGGGACCUCUCCUACAUGGCAAGUCCCACAACACUACCUGUAGGGCAACAGGUUGCGCAGCCUCCUUCAGUCAGUCAACCUUCCACCAAGAAGAGUAAGAAACAAGUUCGAGUCACUGGGAGCAAGCAAGAGCGUGAAGGCCAUUUCAACCUUCCUGAUGCCAGCAGCACAACUUC